UGAAUAAUCUUAACCUACGGUAAGAUAUUGAUUGUCGACAAACAGUGUCAACGAUUCAACUCUACAGAAGAAGUGUCAUUCAUUCAAUCGAUUGCUUAGUACUCCCUCUUUGGGAUCAAAUGGUGAGCUCAACAACACGUCAUUUAAUCGACGAUAAGAAAGUUUACAUUAGAUUUCAUUGACAUUCAUAUAAUAUGAGGAAAAUUGUCGAAGAAAUUGCUUUUUAGGUAAUAUAUACUGACAUUGAAUGCCAAUCAUCGCUCAAAUCGUCAUCGACUUCGGUGGUCAUCACUGAUACUCAAACAUGUCGUCUUUGGCGCGCAAUGUUGUGGACCCGGAGUGCGGAACCGCUAAUCCUUUGGUUGGACUCUCCAAGCAUUACAUCAAUGAUAAUGCUUUCAUCCAAAGCAAGCAAACGGCCAACACCUCCGUCACCAACACUUCGGUUAUGUUUCCCGAUGUCGAUAAUGUCCAACAAUUUGUCAAUGAGUUCAUCACCGAUAAGAAGGCCACCAGCAGUGAACAGAGCUUCCGAAUGGAUGCACUUUUGCGGGAAAUUCAACGACUUGACAGUAAUCAGCCUUCAAUUGAUCACUCGUUUGUUGCCAUUGACCAAAAGUCUCAGCAAUGGACACAAGAGUUUAAUGGCAAAGAACUGCUCACAACUAACGACAUAUUAAUUGGAAGACAUGAUGUUGUGUCGCCCGAGUUAGCUCAGGCCAAGUGGGCCGACGAAUAUUUGGCUGAAACUGAACGCCAUUUGGACAGUAGUGUCGUCAUCACUGAUACCACUCAAUGGCAACAGGAGUUUGCAAAUGAAGAUCUGUUGUAUUUGACCGCAGAAACCAACAAAUUGAUCGAAAUUGAAACGGAAGAGCAAUUACUCGAUACAAACAAACAUUUUACUGAUUUUGUCAAAAAGGUUGGCAACACUGACAUGAAAUUACCGGAGAGUUCAGUGACAGCUGACGUGUGGUCACUAGAUUUUGCUGAAACUGUUGACAAUGAGGCGGAUAAAUGGGUGCAACAAAUGACUGAAGAGCUUACAGAACAACAGAAGUCUUCUGAAGAGGAACAGCAGUACGGCGACGACGACACACAGUUUUGGACUAAUUUGGCUAAAGAAUGGAAGGAAAUGGGAUUAGUAGACGAAAACUCGGAAACAGCGGACAAUUGGGUUUCAGAUUUUGGAAAAACAGAAAUGAAAGAUGAAUACAAAUUUAACGAAGAGAAUCCACUCAAAGAUCAUCCAAAUGCUUUCGAAGAAGGACUCAAAAAGCUUAAAGAGGGAGAUAUUCCUUCUGCUGUCCUCUUGUUUGAGACUGCCGUCCAAAGGGAUCCAAAUAAUUCACUGAUUUGGCAAUACUUGGGUACGUCUCAGGCCGAGAACGAACACGACUACGCGGCCAUUGCAGCACUCAAUAAGUGUGUGACACUCGACCCGAACAACUUAAAGGCGUUGAUGGCGUUGGCCGUCAGCUACACAAAUGAAUCGAUGCAAACUCAGGCUUGUAGUACAUUGAAAGAUUGGAUCCGACGAAACCCGAAAUACCUCAACUUUUUACCGCCGGAUAGCAACAGUUCAGAAAAGUUGAAAUCACGUCUUCCGUGGGCCGUGUCGUCGAUUAUUACUUCGGGUUUGCAUAAAGAAGUGAAAGAUUUGUUUAUAGAGGCCGCUCGUCAAUCGCCCACCGAUGCUGAUCCUGAUGUCCAGUGCGGACUUGGCGUGUUGUUUAACCUAUCGGGAGAGUACGACAGGGCAGCCGACUGUUUUCAAGCGGCACUACAAGUGCGACCAAGCGAUAGUUUACUGUGGAACCGAUUGGGAGCCACUUUGGCUAAUGGCAGUCAAUCAGAGGAAGCGAUUAACGCCUAUCGCGAAGCACUAGCUAUAAGUCCCGGUUUUAUUCGUUCCCGUUUUAAUUUGGGUAUCAGUUGUAUAAAUCUCGGCACUUAUCGUGAGGCCGCCGAACAUUUUCUCACUGUUCUCAACCUUCAAGCCUCGGGUCGCGGUCCAGUUGGCAGUCGUCCGUUGAUGUCGACCAAUGUUUGGUCAACACUGCGAAUGGUUAUGACUUUAAUGAAUCGAUCGGAUUUGUUAGACUUUGUCGACAAUCGAGAUUUAAAUAGACUUAAUAGUGAAUUUCAAAUGAAUGACCCAAACACUUGACCACAACCCGAGUGUUAUAGCUAUUAUCAAUUAUGCCGUUACAGUCAUUGGUAUGCGAGUGCCGUAUCGCUAUGGUAUUCAAUGCAAACUAAUUGAUGAAAUUGUUUUUAUAUAUAAUUAACUAUAUUAUUAUU